AUGAUGAAAAGAGAAGGAUUGAAGAGAAGGGUGGGAAUAGCUGGUCUACUUUCUCCGGAAGGAGCAGCCCUCUGUGAGACGGGCCUUGCCACCGGUGGGCUGGCACAGGACCUGCGAGCAGCCUUGGCAGACGACGACGGUCUGAGCAUGCGAGAAAACAGUGGUGAUGGUGAAGCAGCCCGGGCACUUGACGUCCAUGAAGAAGGAGCGUGGGGCGGGCACAAGAGUCUUGAGCUUGUGCUUCCGCGCCUCGGCAGCGGGCGAGGGGUUGAGAAGGUCAACAGCGAGAACCUAGAGGUGACGAAGUCAGCUGUGCGAGUCUCAUUGAGGUGGGGAAAGGCGCUUUGCAAUGUGAAGGGACGACGUGGGCGGUCGAGAAGCAAUUGCAGUGGUGAGGGUGUCGUGUGCGUACGUGUGCGGAAAUUUCGCCACGAGCGAGAGAGGGGAAAAGGCUUGUGGAAAGCGGACAGGACGGGGCUUACCAUGAUGAAGAGCUGUCUGGAAAGCUGUCAGAGAGCGGAAGGGCGAGUCGAAGAGUGGUGA